AAACACAAUCAUCUACUACUACUACUAACUUUCUUCCACUCUUUUGCCUACUUAAGUUAGUUAGUUCCAAGUCAAUUUUUCUCAACUAACAAAAAAUAAAACCAACUAUGGCUUCAAACCAAGCAAAUACUCAACAAGAAUCCAAGUUCAGUCUCCCUAUGAAUGACUUGGAGCGCCAACAAGUAAACCUAGAUGAACAUGUAGAUGAUAAGAAGGAAUUUGACUACUCAAAACGAUCCCAAUGGCUCCGAGCAGCUGUGCUCGGAGCCAAUGAUGGAUUGGUUUCAACAGCAUCAUUAAUGAUGGGAGUUGGUGCUGUGAAAAAGGACAUUAAGGUCAUGAUCCUGACUGGAUUUGCGGGCCUAGUGGCCGGCGCAUGUUCCAUGGCCAUAGGAGAAUUCGUCUCCGUUUAUUCUCAACUUGACAUAGAAGUGGCUCAAAUGAAGCGUGAAAAGAGAAGAACUAAAGCUAAUAAAAACGAAGGAGAUGAAAAUGAAGUCGAGGACGAGAAUGAAAGCUUGCCAAAUCCAGCACAGGCAGCAGCAGCAUCAGCUCUAGCAUUUUCGGUAGGUGCAAUGGUGCCAUUGUUGGCUGCAUCUUUUAUUAGGGAUUAUAAAGUGAGAAUUGGAGCUGUUGUUGCAGCUGUGACCUUAGCUUUAAUGGUGUUUGGAUGGUUAGGAGCUGUUUUAGGAAAAGCACCAGCACUCAAGUCCUCAGCUAGGGUUUUGUUUGGAGGUUGGUUGGCCAUGACUAUAACUUAUGGCUUAACAAAAUUGAUUGGUUCUAGUGGCCUUUAACCUCUAUCACUACGACAAAAAACUGGAAUUAGCUACGUACUUCGUCGCUAAAUUGCUCGCAACCAAAGAAAGUUUUUGAUAAUUUGUCGCUAAAUACGAAUUUUGCUGUUCAGCUACACAAAUUAUCCGUAGCAAAUUCCAACUUUUAUUUUUUUAGUAUAUACUACUAAUAUUCGUGGCAUAAUGCCACUAGUAUUUACUAUACUUUUUUUUUAGUUCUUCAUUGUGUUAUAGAUAUCGUUAUAGCUAGGAUAUUAUAAUGGUCUCUAUGUAUUACAAAUAGUUGCAUCAUGCUCUGAAUAACCAUAUGCAUGCAUUAUUGUAUCAUAAUAAUAUUUCCACCCCUUUUAU